AUGGAGAUCAGACACCAGAAUUGCCCAAUCUUUGUUCCCAAGAAGAAGAUCAAAAAGAACGUGGGACAUGAGAGAGAAUCGCAGGUCUCCUUCCCUUUCAUGAAGCUGCCCGCAGAACUGCGGGACACGAUCUGGCACUUUGCAGCUCAGCGCGGCCGUCUCGUAGGGGCCAAGUUCUGCAAAAGCAAAGGCCUGUUUGGCCUGGGCACGAUGCACCGCUCGUGGAAUACGCCGCCGGCCAUUGCCCACGUGUGUUACCACUCGCGCUUCGUUGCCCUCCGGUAUGGUGGCAUGAUUAGAACGCUCCAUGGUGAACCGGUACCUUUUUACGACCCCGGAACCAGCUCUCCGCGCCCCGACCCCUACUCUGGGACCUCGCUGUGGCUGAAUCGUGACGACAUCUUGUUUGUCAAUGGCACGAAGCGGUACUUUUUCCACGACCAGGACUUGGCGGAAACAUUGAACUGUUACUGCCAAACCGAGGAAGUCUUGCUAGCCUAUAACAUCAUGGACAGCUGUUGGGAGGAUUGUGUAACGAACUUCUUCUCAGUGCUCGCGAGAAGCUCCAAACUGCACAAAACACACGUCAAAGUCGUCAAUUUAUUCAUUCCCAUAGAUUGUCUACACUGGUUGAUACAACGGGAGCUUACCCGGUCUCCGGAACUUGUUGACGAGCUAUUCCGUGACAACGACGUCAGACUCAUCGACUUGCGCAAUGAGGCAGCCAUGGCAGCCAUGAACAAGCACACUCCGCUUACAAACAGUCUCGUCGACUACGCACGAAAGCAGUGGUUCAAAGCGAGCAAGACAGGAAACGGAACAAAGUACGAAGCGCUGGUCACUUCGCUGCGGACACAGUGGCUGAAUAUCAAGUGGUACCAAAUGGAGGAGGAGGUGCGUUCCAGAAUGAAUGGAUGGAACGGAAUCAAUUGCCUUACGGGACACGUUGACUCGGACUGGCUGACAAAAACAAUAACGGAAAUGCCAGAAAUCCGCCCAGUGUUUGUCAUUGCCAAGGACGACAGUUGGGAUUGGCGACGGAGUGUCGAGAAGUCUAAGAAGGAUAAGAAAAGGAAGAUGACCCAGGCCCGCCUCAACAUGACGAAAGCAAAGUGUCUCGUGAAACAUUCAUGA